AUGGCAAGCACCAAUGUUACAGGGCAUUGCCCUGCUCCGAUGAAGGCCACCUCUAAUGGAGCCUUCCAAAAUGAAAGCCCUCUUGAUUUCGCGCUUCCUCUGAUCAUCCUACAAAUCGUCUUGGUGGUUGUGUUUACAAGGCUCUUAGCUUACUUUCUAAAGCCUCUGAAACAGCCUAGGGUCAUUGCUGAGAUCAUUGGAGGGAUACUGCUUGGACCUUCUGCUCUGGGACGAAGCAAGGCGUAUCUUGACACCAUCUUCCCGAAAAAGAGCUUGACCGUUUUAGACACGCUUGCCAACAUCGGUCUUCUGUUUUUCUUGUUUUUAGUUGGGCUUGAGCUUGACUUUGCUGCAAUCAGAAAAACCGGAAAGAAAUCACUAUUGAUAGCUCUAGCUGGGAUCUCACUUCCUUUUAUAAUGGGUGUAGGCACAUCUUUUGUUCUCAGUGCCACCAUAAGCAAAGGAGUCCAUCAGCUUCCUUUUAUAGUCUUCAUGGGUGUUGCCUUAUCAAUCACUGCCUUCCCUGUGCUUGCUCGUAUCCUAGCUGAGCUAAAGCUUCUAACAACCGAUAUUGGACGUAUGGCGAUGUCUGCAGCGGGAGUAAAUGAUGUUGCAGCUUGGAUACUCCUUGCGCUUGCUAUUGCUCUCUCAGGAGAUGGGACUUCUCCACUUGUAUCUGUUUGGGUCCUUCUCUGUGGAUCUGGAUUUGUGACCUUUGCAGUUCUGGCAAUCAAACCUCUGCUUGGUUAUAUGGCUAGACGCUGUCCUGAGGGAGAGCCUGUGAAGGAACUCUAUGUCUGUAUCACUCUAACCUUGGUUUUAGCAGCAAGCUUUGUGACAGACACUAUUGGGAUACACGCGCUGUUCGGGGCGUUUGUGGUAGGUAUAGUAACUCCUAAAGAAGGACCGUUUUGCAGGAUUUUGACUGAGAAGAUAGAGGAUCUUGUCUCGGGGCUUCUUUUACCGCUGUAUUUUGCGGCUAGCGGUCUCAAAACUGAUGUAACAACGAUCAGAGGAGCGCAGUCAUGGGGACUUCUAGUUCUUGUCAUACUCACCACUUGUUUCGGGAAGAUUGUAGGAACUGUUGGUGCCUCACUUCUCUGCAAGGUUCCUUUCAGAGAAGCUAUGGCACUUGGAGUCCUUAUGAACACCAAAGGUUUAGUAGAGCUCAUUGUUCUAAACAUUGGCAAGGACCGGAAGGUGCUGAAUGAUCAAGCGUUUGCAAUCUUAGUUCUAAUGGCAUUAUUCACGACCUUCAUCACAACUCCAAUUUUGAUGGUGAUUUACAAGCCUGCAAGAAAAGGAGCACCAUACAAGCACAGAACAAUCCAAAGAAAAGAUCAUGAUUCCGAGCUACGUAUACUUGCUUGCUUCCACAGUACCCGCAACAUCCCUACAUUGAUCAAUCUGAUCGAGUCAUCUAGAGGAACAGGCAAAAGAGGACGUCUCUGCGUUUACGCGAUGCAUCUUAUGGAGCUCUCUGAACGGUCAUCUGCUAUCGCCAUGGUUCACAAAGCUAGGAACAAUGGACUACCAAUCUGGAACAAGAUUGAAAGAUCAACAGAUCAGAUGGUGAUUGCUUUUGAGGCUUACCAGCAUCUCAGAGCCGUAGCGGUUAGACCAAUGACUGCAAUCUCUGACCUAAGCAGCAUCCACGUGGACAUAUGCACAAGCGCGCAUCAGAAACGCGUGGCGAUGAUUCUGCUUCCGUUUCACAAGCAUCAGAGAGUGGACGGAUCGAUGGAGUCGAUAGGACAUGCAUUCCACGAAGUGAACCAACGGAUCUUACAACGAGCUCCUUGCUCCGUCGGGAUUCUUGUGGACAGAGGACUAGGAGGAACCUCACAGGUUGUAGCCAGUGAAGUUUCUUACAAAGUUGUGGUUCCGUUCUUCGGAGGCCUAGACGACAGAGAAGCUCUCGCCUAUGGUAUGCAAAUGGUUGAACAUCCAGGAAUCACACUUAGCGUUCUCAAAUUUGUAGCUGCGAGAGGGACAUUGAAGAAAUUCGAGAAAGGCGAAGAAGACAAAAAGGAGAAGAAAGAGAAAGAGAUUGACGAAGAGUUUGUGAAGGAGUUGAUGAACGAUCCGAGAGGGAAAGAGUCGUUGGCUUACGAAGAGAGAGUCGUUGAAAGCAAAGAAGAUGUAAACGCGACACUUAAAGCAGUGAGCAAAUGCAAUCUCUUCGUAGUUGGGAGAAAUGCGGCGGUUGCUUCGUUGGUUAACAGUACGGAUUGUCCGGAGUUAGGACCAGUUGGACGUUUGUUGUCGUCCUCGGAGUUUUCAACUACCGCGUCGGUGCUCGUCGUUCAGGGAUACGAUCCUGCGGCGGAUACACGACCGCUCGUAGAGGAAGAUGAUACUUACGAACAGUCUUCCAGAGAAAUUGCAGACUCAACGAUCUUUGAAAGCAGAGAAGUACCUUCUUGGAAGAAGCAGCUUACUUUAAGGGCUUUUAUGGUGAGCUUUGUGCUAAGCAUCUUGUUUAGCUUCAUUGUUAUGAAGCUUAACCUCACGACCGGAAUCAUACCUUCGCUUAACGUCUCCGCUGGUCUUCUGGGUUUCUUCUUCGUCAAGACAUGGACCAAGAUGCUUCAUAGGUCUGGUUACUUGAAACAGCCAUUUACUCGCCAGGAGAAUACUGUUAUUCAGACAUGUGUUGUUGCUUCUUCAGGCAUUGCCUUUAGCGGAGGGUUUGGGACUUACCUCUUUGGUAUGAGUGAACGAAUUGCAAACCAAUCAGGAGAUGCUUUCCGUGGCGUCAAGAACCCUUCUUUAGGUUGGAUUAUCGGUKUCCUCUUUGUUGUUAGCUUUCUUGGCCUCUUCUCGGUUGUUCCUCUGCGAAAGAUAAUGGUAAUAGAUUUCAAACUAACAUAUCCCAGUGGUACUGCAACUGCUCAUCUUAUUAACAGCUUUCAUACCCCUCAAGGAGCCAAGCUAGCCAAGAAACAAGUGAGGGUGUUGGGGAAAUUCUUCUCCAUAAGCUUCUUCUGGAGUUUCUUCCAAUGGUUCUUUACCGGAGGAGAUAAUUGUGGCUUCUCCAACUUCCCAACAUUCGGACUCAAAGCUUACCAAUACAAGUUCUACUUUGAUUUUUCAGCAACAUAUGUUGGUGUUGGUAUGAUAUGUCCAUACAUAAUCAACAUCUCUGUCCUUUUGGGAGGAAUUCUCUCUUGGGGGAUCAUGUGGCCUCUCAUUGAAACAAGAAAAGGAGAUUGGUUUCCUGCUGAUGUUCCAUCUAGCAGCAUGCAUGGUCUCCAGGCUUACAAGGUGUUCAUAGCUGUUGCUAUAAUCCUAGGUGAUGGUUUAUACAACUUUUGCAAAGUGCUGAGCCGGACACUUUCAGGACUAUUUGUACAGCUUCGAGGCCCUAGACCUGCUUCAAGAACCUCCUUCACACUUCAAGAAGACCCUAAUGCUUCCCCAUUAGGCCCAAAGCAAUCUUAUGACGACCAACGACGAACAAGAUUCUUCCUUAAAGACCAAAUCCCUACUUGGUUUGCUGUUGGAGGGUAUAUCAUAAUAGCUGCAACAUCUACAGCGAUACUCCCUCACAUGUUCCAACAGCUGAGAUGGUAUUACAUUCUGGUCAUCUAUAUCUGUGCCCCUGUCUUAGCUUUCUGUAAUGCUUAUGGAGCUGGACUCACAGAUUGGUCCUUAGCUUCAACUUAUGGAAAGCUCGCAAUAUUCACAAUCGGAGCUUGGGCUGGCUCUGAGCAUGGUGGUAUGCUUGCUGGUCUAGCAGCAUGUGGUGUCAUGAUGAACAUAGUCUCGACAGCUUCGGAUCUGACACAGGACUUCAAGACAGGUUACUUGACGUUAUCAUCUCCAAAGUCGAUGUUUGUGAGCCAAGUGAUUGGAACAGCAAUGGGUUGUGUGGUAUCUCCUUGCGUGUUCUGGCUAUUCUACCAGGCCUUUGAUGAUUUAGGUCUCCCAAACAGUGAAUACCCUGCACCAUUUGCUACCGUAUAUCGAAGUAUGGCUAAACUAGGAGUGGAAGGCGUCUCAUCGUUACCGAGAGAAUGUCUCGUUCUAUGCUACGCCUUCUUCGGUGUGGCGAUUCUAAUAAACAUAGUAAAAGACAGUCUUUGGAGCAGAUGGGGAAGGUUUAUACCGCUUCCCAUGGCAAUGGCUAUACCGUUUUUCUUGGGACCUUAUUUUGCAAUUGACAUGUGUGUGGGAAGUUUGAUACUUUUCAUUUGGGAAAGAGUAAAUGCAGCCAAAGCCGAAGCUUACGGGACCGCCGUGGCGUCUGGUUUGAUAUGCGGAGAUGGGAUUUGGUCUUUGCCUAGCUCAGUGCUAGCUAUAGCCGGAGUUAAUCCUCCUGUUUGCAUGAAGUUCCUCUCUUCUGCAACCAAUUCAAAGGUUGAUAGCUUCCUACAAGGAUCAUCUUAA